AUGGCCUUUCGACGCCAGAAAGGUCUUUGUUACAACUGUGAUGAGAAGUGGAGUUCUUCUCACCGUUGUAAGGGUCGUGUCUUGCUCUUUGUGGCCGAAUCCGAUGAACCCCUUGGCUCUGAACCAACACAAUCUUUCUCGACCCCCAUUGAAUCUUCCUCUGAUCCUCACCCACCUGACCUUUCUCCAAUAAACCCCCACAUCAGCCUCAACGCCUUAGCCGGUAUUCCCGUCACUGACACUUUUCGUGUCUACGACUUCAUUAACCAGGCGAGCCUCAUCGUGCUCGUCGAUAGUGGGAGUACCCACAACUUUGUCCAACCACAGGUGCAAAGACUCCUGCAGCUACGUAUUGAGGCUCAAGGAAAAUACCUUCAGGCAGUGUUGGAGAAGGCUCAGGAAACACUAGGUAGACAGAGCUUAGGAGUAGUAGGACUUGAAGCUGCCAAACUUCAACUCUCAGAGGUAGUGUCAAAAGUGUCCUCUCAGUGCCUGAAUUCAGCAUUUUCAGAGCUGAAGGAGAUACAAGGAUUUAGCCCCCACCAUCAGAAACAAACACAAACCAACAACAACCAGCCAAUAAAUGCAAAUGACUGUUCCAUGGACAGUUGUCUCACAUCCUGUGAGGGAUCAUCACAAAAAGAUCAGCAAGAGAUACAAAUUUGUAAGCAGUAA